AUGUCGAGGAAGUACUACGAAAAGUUGCUCGGCGAAAUACAAAACCAGUCCAAACCCGUGGAGUCAAAAUAUGGAUCCUACAUUAUGCAGAAAUUUGGAUGGGCCAAGGGAAAGGGCCUCGGGAAACUCGAAAAUGGAGACGUGAGCAUUAUGAAAAUAAGGAAGUACGGAGAGCACGGGCUAGGAUAUGAAGAACGGCAAAAGGAAGAAGACGAGAAGGGAGGAAUGUGGUGGGAAAACAUGUACAAUAAUUGUGCCAAGAAAAUAAAUCAGGCCGGCAGUAAGGCCUCCCUCCCCACGAGUGAAGAAAAACAGGAAAGGAAAAAUAAUGAAAAUGUAAAAUAUUCCAUUUUUGUUAAAAAGAGUGACACUUCAUUAAAUUCAGCAAGUGAUAAAUGUGUGUCGUCCAACUGGGACGACCAACCAUCUACCCAUGAGAAAAAUUCUGAAAAGAAGAAGAAAAAGAGUGCCACUGUAGAGGAGGGGGGGCAGAAGGAGGAGGGGGAGCAGGAGCAGAGGGAGACGAAGGAGAAGAUGAAGGGGGGGUGUUCAAAUCGUCCAAACGGCAGUGAAGCCGACAGUCAGGUAAAACCCAGUGAGGCUGACCCAAAAUGGAAAAUAAAAACCGGCAAUAAUGCGUUAAUCAAUAAGGUAGCUGUAAUCAGUAAGGCAACGAAUAGGUCGAAAAAGAAGAAGAAGAAGAAGAAAUGGAAAAAGAAAAAUAUUUGGGGGAAAUGCAGUGCGGAGUGCAAAGCCCAAGCGGAUCGCACCUCCGUACAGAGUGAUCCUUCCUCGUUUGAAAAAGGAAAUAUUCAGAAAGGGAAAAUUUUGAAUCCAGGGUGA